GUAGUUGAUGGUUAGACGAUACAGUUUGGAUCUGGAUAGUAUUUACGGUCUGUUCUGGAGAUGGCAAAUCAAAUGACCUCACACAUUCAGGAUGAACGGGAGAGCAUGGCGUCAUGGCCUCCAACCUCCGACCAUUUUGCUUCUCUUCUCUACAACGCCAGAAAUCAGAACCAGAUAUAAUCCUUUCCAGCAAGUGACAUCCAAGAGUAAUAUUUCUUUGAGUAAGGUCAUCAGCCUCCCACCUUCGACAUCUCUGCUGUCAGUGGCGUUGUUAUCCCUGCGGGCAUCCAACGGUAAAUGCGGGGACGGCCGCAUAUCAAACCUCGGCUAUCUUCGGCUAAAAGCUUGGCCUUUUUCAUUUCCCACAACCAACGUACCUGUAUCAAACUUCGGGAUUUGGAUAGCUUCACUUUCUCCCGUCCCAAAGGGCCAAAUCAUAUCCUUCUAUCUGAACUCUGAGCCCUCUUGGUCCCCCUCCCCCUUCUAUGGCUAGUGCCUCAUCUGCCUUUUCAGGUCAGUGACCGACCCUCUUCUGCUGCGAUUUCCGGGUGGACUCAGGCUUUUCGAAUUUUUCUUCGUGCCGCUAUUCGACGGAGU